AUGUCAUUUAAAUUGAUCAUUGACGAAUCCGAAAAACAUAAUGUCUGGUCUCGUGCAGUUCAUAUUUUGUCAUCGGUAGAUGAGAGGAUCAGAAUAACAAUCACCGAGCAAGAAAUAAUUUUAUGGGCUGUUAACCACACUUUCACUACACUAUGUCAAAUACGAUUUGAGAAAUCAUUUUUUGAAAUAAUGGAAUUUAAACCAUAUGAAAUCACAUUUGGUGAUAGUGGUUUACAAAUUAUAACUGAUUCUCAAGGGAAUGAUCAUAAACUGUAUUCCUUUAAAAUCAAUGCCAAACUUCUUGCCAUGAUGUGCAAGAAACCUGAAAGUGGUAGCGUCACUCGUUUCACAAUAGCUAUUAAUAAUACAGCUACCUGCCCAGAGACAUUAAUUAAUCAAUUGCUUGUGCAUGUUGAAUUAGAUUCCUUAAUAUCGAAAGAAUAUUCGGUUCAUUUCGAACCUAUUAAGUAUGAUCCUAUUGUGAUUAAUUUGAAAUAUAAGAGAAAAUUUGUCAAUGCUUUUGGAUCAAGUGCUACACCAGAGAAACCUGAUGGAAGAAUGGACCCUGAUUUAAUCGAAAUAUUUCAAUCUGCCGAACAUGAACUGUCAACGUCACUAUUCAAUGAAGAAUUAUAUUCAAAUGAAAAAACCGAAAAUGAACUUACAGAAGAUGACGAGAUCAACUUCAUCAGUUGUAAUCAUGGUCUCAUUAGAAAUUUUGUCGAAAAUUGUAAUGUUAACGUAACUGAUGAAAUGGAACUAAAAAUUGGAUCAAAGACUAUGUCACUAACGGCAUUUACUAAAUCUAUUACUGACAGAAGUGGUGGUAUACUAAAAAAAGCUAUGAGAGUAUCAAAUAUAUUUGUCUUGAGUGACUUAGAUCUAUUUUGUCUAUUCACUGUUGAAGGUCAAAAGGGAAUAAGACAAACGGACAACAAACCUUCUUUUAAACGACUUGUAUUCAAAGCGAAGGAUUUCAAAAAUUUUGUGAGUAUGGGUAAUGUCUGGAAUAAUUUAAGAGGUACUUCAUCUAAUAUUAUAAGCAUUUGGUUUUGUCUUCCAGGGGAUCCUAUUAUGAUGGAAAUGUCAAAAGCAGGCGUGAAAAUUGAGCUAGUAGAAGUUACAGAUGGUAAUAGGAACUCAUCAGGACCCCAAAGUGUGUACACCCAUGGUGAGACAGCGCCUGAAACGGACUAUGUCUCACCACCAAAGAGAACUACACCUGGACGUAGACAUGAUUCUAAUGAAGAACAAUUAUCUUUAUUGAAGCCAUUGAGAGAUGCUACGGUUCUUCAGUCUAAUAAUAUGGUAAUCAGAAAUACUAGGUUAAGUCCUCUCAAGAAGUCGCUAACGAAUGAAACUGAGGAAAAUGACGCUGAAAAUAUAGGUUUAAGAUUAAGUCCCAGAAGAUUAUUUAUUAGGGAUAAUUCAAAUGAUAUAUCGAGCGUUACAUCAAGAGACCGCAAUACAAACUCAAAUGUCCAUGUUGAUAGCAACUUUAAUUUACCUACAGGAGUGGACAAUAUAAAUAAGUUAGUUCCUCCUGAACGAAGUGACACCACAGUUGGUUGGGGGAAAAGAAAGAUGGAUGGAAUGAGUGAUGAGGAGGAUAGAGAAACUAACAAGCAAGAAGAUCAAAGGAGUAUCCUACAAAGGGAGAAAAGAAAAUAUAUGAAAACUGAACAUAAAAAUUCUAGAGAUGAGCAAGACGAAUUUGGACCUACACAGAUAUCAACGGCGAAGGACAUAUUUGAGUAA